AAUCCCUGCUCACCCGCUCCCCUCUCAAUCCCCACACCUACCAUCAAUCCUCAGAUCCAGUCUCUCGCCUCCUCCACCAGCAAUGGAGCCCGUAUCAUCAUGGGGCCUCACUCCUCUCGAGACCAUUGGACUCGAGAUCACGUCCAUCGAGAAGAGAACCCGCCAGUCCCGCCGCGCAUCCGAGCUGAUCAGCCUCGUCCGAGCAAACUUCAACGUCCUUCCGCCGGUCAUCGAGGCCCUCGGACCAGCCGGCCCUCACCAACAAACUACUUCGCCGCAAGGAAUGCCCCGGGCAACCGUACUACGCGGCAGAUUCAUCGACGAGAUCGAGAACCCUGUGCCGCGUCGCGCCCUCCAAGUCUUCCGCCUGCGACCCGCCAGCUUCCCGGGCGUCAAACGUCCACCUUACUCGGCAAGCCCCGCCAACUUCGCCGCUUACACGGCCGUCCUCAACCCCCACGAUCGGAUCAUGGGGCUUGAUCUCCCCUCUGGCGGUCACCUCACCCAUGGUUACUACACCUCUGGUGGUAAGAAGAUCUCCGCGACGUCCAUCUAUUUUGAGAGCUUGCCGUAUAAGGUUAGCUACGAGACUGGGUAUAUCGACUACGAUAAGUUGGAGGAGAAGGCGAUGGAUUUUAGGCCCAAGCUCAUCAUUUGUGGGGGGAGCGCGUAUCCGAGGGAUUGGGAUUAUGCUAGGUUCCGUGCCGUGGCUGAUAAGUGCGGGGCGAUGCUGCUUUGUGACAUGGCGCAUAUCAGCGGCCUCGUCGCAGCUCAGGAAGCUGCAAAUCCUUUUGAGUGCUGUGAUAUAGUCACAACCACAACCCACAAGAGUCUGAGAGGGCCAAGAUCGGGUAUGAUCUUCUACAGGAAGGGCCCCAAGCCUCCCAGGAAGGGACAGCCAGAGGGUGCAGUCUAUGACUUCGAGGACAAGAUCAACUUCGCAGUUUUCCCGUCCCUUCAAGGCGGGCCCCAUAACCACCAGAUCGGUGCUCUUGCUGUGGCAUUGAAACAGGCUCUUUCCCCCGGCUUUAAGGCCUAUGCCAAGCAAGUGAAGGCCAAUGCUGUUACUGUUGGAAACUAUCUGAUGAGCAAGGGGUACAAGAUUGUCACUGGUGGAACUGAGAACCACCUCGUUCUCUGGGAUCUCCGCCCUCUUGGAUUGACUGGUAACAAGGUUGAGAAGCUCUGUGAUCUGUGCAACAUUACCGUGAACAAGAAUGCUGUUUUUGGUGAUAGCAGUGCUCUAUCUCCUGGUGGUGUUCGUAUCGGCACACCUGCCAUGACCUCAAGAGGUUUGGUUGAGAAGGACUUUGAGCAAAUUGCAGAGUUCCUCCACCAGGCAGUUACCAUCACCUUGAAGAUCCAGGAGAAGCACGGGAAGCUCUUAAAGGACUUCAACAAGGGUUUGGUGAACAACAAAGAAAUUGAGGACCUCAAGGCAGCUGUUGAGAAAUUUGCAGGAUCAUUUGAUAUGCCUGGCUUUCAAAUGUCUGCCAUGAAGUACAAGGAUUAGGCUAUAUCUACUAAAGUUUCAGAGUAUUUCUUGUCAGUUUGAUUAUUCUAUUUUACUCUUAAGUUUGUACGUUUCCAUCUUCAUUUGUUUUCUCCACUUUUUUAGAUGAUCUUGUUUUUGUUCAAAUCUAAUAUAUCCUUCUCAACUCCUAUGUCACCAAUGUAGUAAUGCAAGUGCGUAAUCAUCUCAGAAAUAAACUUCAAUGCUGUGAGCUGAUGAAAGAUGUGUCAUUGUUUUGUUCAUCUGUUUGAUUGAAUAAUGCUGAUGUCUAUCGUGUAUAUUUA